ACACCGUGCGAAUGAAAUAGCCUCAUUCGUGAGCCCCGUUCAGAGUAAACACAGCUAUUUCAAAAUGCUCUAUGUUUUCAUCUCUCUGUUCCGUUGCUUUGUUUUUAUUUCCAAAUUGAGAAACGCUGAAUGUGGAAUGACAUUUACUUCAGACGGUCCUUCCGUGUGGACGAAGGCCUACAUGGCAAUGGUACCUGAGAUAGAAGACGGAAAUGAGGACGCCGGACAUCUCUACAUUACGUCAUCUGAAGCUACGACCACGGACGCGUGGGUGAACACCAAACCUGGCAAGAUCUAUCAAAACAUCAUCCCAAAUGAAACAGCUAGCUUACCGUUGCCCCCAAAAGUUAUUCUGCCUCAAGGAUCUCAAAGAAAGGGCAGUUUUGUCUUUUGCGUUGUGACGCCAGAUGACGUUGGGGCCUUCUUCCGAGACAAGUGGACAUUUUACCAAAUAAGGGAGACGACUCAGUUACCGUUCACGUAUACUGUCGUCUCGUAUAGCAAUGCCACUGAUCCUAUGUCAUCUCUGAUAGGCAUAAGUGUGGUCUUUGACUUGACGAAACUAAUCAUCACUUUCAGAGAAGGAAUUAAUGUUACAAACGUUCUUGGAAAUGUAUCAAAAGGGACAAUAAACGGACAACAGCUAGUGUUUAGUAAGCAGAGCCACCGUAUUGCUAUUAAAUUGGAAAUUGAUGAAGAUUUAACUGGAACAACCAUUGAGAGUUCACAUGUGAUAACAGUUAUAGCAGGGGCGAUGUCGAUUGAUCCUUCGAACAGAUAUGUUUAUUUAGAUCACAUGCCAACACGAGAUGCUGGCUCAGUCUACAUUGUAUUUGGAUUGCCGGAUAUCGGCGGAAAUGACACUUUUCGUAUUGUCGCAAAAUCUCCUAACACUAUUGCAAGCUUUGACAAUAACCAAUCAAUAACGCUUACUGAAGAAGGCGAUUUUGAAGAUGUUUCUUUCUCAAGAGGCUCUUUUCACAUCGUUGUCGCAACAUCGGAAGUAAUUGUUGCCAUCUUUCUUCAAAAUGGCGGACCGAGAAAGACCGACAUGAUAAUAGCGCAUCCAGUGAACUCAAGCAAGACCUCAAAGUUUCAGUUUUCUAUACCUUCGAGAUCAAGUGAUGUUAAUUUCAAGCAUUACCUGGUAGUAACUACGGAAUCGAGUGGACAGGCAAACAUGGUGUUAAACGGGCAGGCACUGCCCCCAGAAACAGUCUGGUCCUCUAUUUCCGGAACAGGUCAUGUGGGAGGAUACGUGCCGCUUGUGGAAACUGCGCAACCCCAGAUUAUAGCUACCACUAACGGGGUGUAUUUCAACGCAUAUCUGAUGGGCUACGGAGAUGAUGCAACUUAUGGAUCAGCUUUAGAAGGCAUUGAUACGCCCCAGCAAAACACAUCUGACCUACAGUUUUCAUCAGACAAGACAUUUUGUGAAAGGACAGGCCAGACCGGAAACUACAUCUCCAAUGGAACACAAAUGGAAAUCACGAAAGUAACUUCAAAAAAGGAAAAACGGUUCUUGUCGUACAAAUCACUGCACCGGACAACGCUCCACUUACAAGCAUGUCAGAUGACGUGUCUCCUCUAUUCUGACUGUAUUGGGGUCAACUUCAAGAAUGUGUCGUCACCAGCUGAAAUCAAUUGUGACAUUAUCAUGAAGGGAGAUGGGUGUUCGCUGAAAGGUUCUGGCUGGACAAACUACCUCUUGAAGUAGCAGAACCAGGAUAAAAGCGAAUUGUCUAUGACAACAUGUACGACAAGGAUACUAUCUGCAUUAAGUGUCGAGAAGACUCUCAUUAAAAUAACUACAGUAAACUACGGUUAUAACAAACUCAAAGGGACUACUAAUUUUAGUUCGUUAUAACCGUAGUUCGUUAUAAGCAUAUGUACAGCAUAACUACAGCAGAUAGUCGGGACCAGAAAAGUAAGUUGUUAAAUCCGUCAGUUCGUUAUAAGCGUGUCCCUUCCCUGCCUCAAUCGACUGGUCGCAGGUUCGAAUCAUAUAGUCGUUCUAAUAAUGUUUCAAUACCUGAGUCUGUGGGUUUCACGUCUAAUAAGAACGCCUAUGGACCGUGUCAGUAUUGCCUUUGGUGGUGAGAUAGCCGAGUGGUUAAGCGUGCGCUCGUCACGGCGAAGACCCGGGUUCGAUUGCCCUCGAGUACAAUGUGUGAAGCGCAUUUCUGGUGCCCUCCGCCGUGAUAUUGCUGGAAUAUUGAUAAAAUUGGCAUAAAACCAUACUCACACAUAAUAACCUUUGCGACUCACCCUUGUAUAUACACAUGAAAUUUUGUUGCAAAACACCCUUUCAUUCACUCUUUAAGUAUUUUAGUUUGUCGGAUUAUGAUAAAAAUAAAAUCGACAAAACCCUUUCCAUAUUCAAUAGAAAUCUCAGGAGCAUGUGUUUAUGAAUCACUAUCAAAUAGUGAUGAUACCAGGUGUUCGCGAAAAGGUGAACGUCUCCUGCCCCAUUAGUGGCACCCGUCAUAAACACAUGCAAAGUCCAUUGUUCACCUGAAAAACCACGGGAACAUAUGGUCAAAAUAUGGUCGGAAUUGCAUCGGCCAUCUCUCUUGUCACUGCAUCCGCCAAGAUCCGGGGUAGAAUAGGUCUUCAGCAACCUAUGCUUGUCCUAAAAGGCG